UACCGUCGCCGGUAUUAGGGGGUGCUGCACUCCACCUAUCGUUCAACACGUAAAUAAAGUGACGUGUAAGACAACAACGAAAACAAGCAAAGAUGGACGGAUUUAUGAUGGACAUCAUCAAGGGCAUGUGCAUCAUGGACAAUGAUGGCAACCGCAUCCUGGCCAAAUAUUACGACAAAAACAUCCUGUCCACGCUGAAGGAACAAAAGGCCUUCGAGAAGAACCUGUUCAACAAAACGCAUCGCUCCAACACGGAGAUCAUCAUGCUGGACGGCCUCACCUGCGUCUACAAGAGCAACGUGGAUCUGUUCUUCUACGUCAUGGGCAACGCCUACGAGAACGAGCUUAUCCUGCUUUCCGUGCUGAACUGCCUGUACGAUUCCAUCAGCCUGAUUCUCAAGAAGAACGUGGAGAAGCGCCUGGUGCUGGAGAACCUCGAGAUCAUCAUGCUGGCCUUUGAUGAGAUCUGCGACGGAGGAAUCAUCCUGGAUGCGGAUCCAUCGUCUGUGGUUAAACGCGUCGAUCUGCGCAACGAUGACAUUCCCAUUGCCGAACAGACCGUUGCCCAGGUACUGCAAUCGGCGCGUGAACAGCUCAAAUGGUCCAUUCUGAAGUGAUGGAGGGGCCACUUCCGGUCGGUCGCAUCCCUGUAUCGCAAUACAUUCGAUCCUUCGUGUAUCCCCCAAUUGUUUCCGCCUAGUUGUAAAGCAUAUUAUAAUACAUAUAUUUAACUAGA